AUGCAGAGGAUCCUAGACCGUCUUUCAAAGGACUCUGCUCAGCCGCAACGCAAAGACGACUGGUUAAGAGCAGCUGCAAUAGAGGACAUCUCAGAGCAACGCGCGGCCUGGAUGGCAGAUAUCCUUGUAUCUGCUGUAUCACCCCAAUACCCAGACAAACUAGAUGUGGAAGCGGCACAGCACGCCCUUGACGUCGCUAUCGGAUGGUUCGCUGACCCGAUCUACCUUGGUCAUUACCAGAAAUACAUGAAACAGAUGCUCCGAGAGCAUCUGCCGGAGUUUACACCAGAAGAACUGAAGGUUGUCAAAGAAUCCUCUGAUUUCUAUGGCGUGAACACCUAUACCACCAAAUUGUGCAGCACGUUCAUGUUAUUCGCUUAG